AUGCCUGAAAGAAAACAGAACUUGAACGUUGGAGUCAUUGGUGGCGGAAUCGCUGGUCUCACAGCGGCCAUCAGCCUUCGCAAAUUUGGCCACGAGGUGACAAUAUAUGAGAGAUAUCACUAUGCAGGGGAAGUUGGUGCAAGUUUAUCCUGUGCUUCCAACGGAGGAAGGCUGCUUAGGGAGCUUGGGGUGCCUUUGCUGGAGACCAAACCGGUGAUUUUGAAGAAGUUGAUAAAACGUCAGUUUGAUAACGGUGAGAUCACUGGGGUCUAUGACCUCGGCGACUACGAAGAGUCUUUUGGAGUGCCUUACUACAAUCUUCAUAGAAUCGACAUCCACGACUUGCUUCUCAAGUGUGCCUUGGAUGAAAAUGGAGAGGGAAUUCCUUGCAAGCUUCUAGUUGAUCACAAAGCGCUGAACGUUGACGCAGAAUCUGGAAAGAUAACUUUCGAGAACGGUCACGAGGCGACGCACGAUCUGAUUGUUGCUGCUGACGGAAUCCGAUCACUCACUCGUGAACAGAUUGGUAACCCGCCAGAUUUCAAACCCUCGACCUCCUGUUGCUUUAGAUGCUUGUUUGACACAAAGGAGGUGGUGGCCAAGGGUCUCACCGAUUUUUCUAAAAACGAGGCUAUUGAAUAUUGGUGGAGAGGGACUCCAGGAUCUUCUGGAAUUGACAAAAUCGUCAUGUCUCCCUGUAAAGGCGGCGAAGUGGUUUCCUGCUACUGUUUCUAUCCAGCAGUGAAAAACGACCUUCGUAUGGGUGGCUGGAAUGACGAAGCUUCUGUUGAAGAGCUGUGUGGCACAUUUCCUGAUCUGGACUCAAAAGUGCUGGAUCUAUUCAAAAUUGCUUACGAUAUCAAGCAAUGGAGACUGUAUGUUCAUCAGCCUUAUGAACACUGGCAAAAGGGCAAGGUUGUGAUGAUGGGAGAUGCAAUUCACCCAAUGAUGCCCGACCAGUCUCUUGGUGCCGUCACGGCCAUUGAAGAUGCUUUUGCUAUUGGCUACAUCUUUAGCGACCGUUUCAAGUUUUCGGUGCCAGACGGUCUCAAGUUGUAUGAAAAAGUUCGCAAACCUCGUGCUACCAGGAUCCAGGCCGCUUCUUUGAGAGCGCGGGAAAAUUUGAACGAGCGUAUUGGGUGGUCCAGCAAGGAUAAUGACCGGCCUGACAAGCUGACCAUUACUGAGAUUUGCGGCUACGAUAUCAAAGCCGAUAUCGAAGAGCAAGCAAAACAAAUGGGAAUUUUAUAG